CUUGGCUUCUCACAGUGACCUUGAACUGAGGACUCAUCCCCUCAUUGGGGAGGUCAGUCUGUGAGGGAAGGAGUCAGUGCUGAGCAGAGGCAAAAACCGGUGAGAUUGUCUCUCACACCCUCAGUGAAGGUUUCAUCGGGCUCCUGACCCCCCACCCUCUGCAUCUUCCCAGAUUCCAGGGCAGUGGUUCUCAAACACAAGCAUCAGAGUCACCUGGACUAAACCUAAGAGCAUCACGGACUUUCAGCGUGAGAGAGAGAGUAAAAGAAUGAGAAAACUUACUGUGUGCCCGCCUCUCCUGUUCUACAAUGAGUGCCAAAUCUGCCAUCAGCAAGGAAAUUUUUGCACCUCUUGAUGAAAGGAUGCUGGGAGCUGUCCAGGUCAAGAGGAGGACAAAGAAAAAGAUUCCUUUCUUGGCGACUGGCGGCCAAGGCGAAUACUUAACUUACAUCUGCCUGUCAGUGACAAACAAGAAACCCACACAGGCAUCCAUUACGAAGGUCAAACAGUUUGAAGGCUCCACGUCGUUUGUGCGGAGAUCACAGUGGAUGCUUGAGCAGCUUCGCCAGGUGAAUGGCAUCGAUCCUAAUCGGGAUUCUGCAGAGUUUGAUUUGUUGUUUGAAAAUGCUUUUGACCAGUGGGUAGCCAGCACAGCCUCAGAAAAAUGCACCUUCUUCCAGAUCCUCCACCACACCUGCCAGAGGUACCUUACGGACAGGAAGCCGGAGUUUAUUAACUGCCAAUCCAAAAUCAUGGGAGGAAACAGCAUCCUCCAUUCGGCGGCCGACAGCGUGACCAGUGCCGUACAGAAAGCAAGCCAGGCCUUGAACGAGCGCGGGGAGCGGUUAGGCCGAGCAGAGGAGAAGACAGAGGACAUGAAGAACAGCGCCCAGCAGUUUGCAGAAACUGCACACAAGCUUGCCAUGAAGCACAAAUGUUGAGAAACUGCCUGUCCUGGUGACCCUCUUAAGAGAAAUGGAAGAGUCUGUUCAGCAGUUUUUACAAGAAUUCCGGACCUCCACUUGCUUCUUUUUUCCAAUGAUAUAUGGACAUCUAAGGUUUUUGUUUUCUUUUGAUAUGUUAAUCUGUUUUUCUGUUAAUAUUAAAAAAACGUGGUGUUUUUACAUCUUGCUAAGAAUGCUGCAAUAGCAAUAGCUUCAAUUUGUUUUUGUUUUUUCCACCGUGUGUACAUGUUUGUAUGUUUUCCUUGUUUUUAGAGGGGGGGUUUGUGUGUGUGUGGUAGUUUGAAUAUGAAAUUUGGACCAAAUGAUACACUGAGUUGGGCCUAAGCUGGCAUCAUGUGUUUUUUCCUGAUAUUAAGCAGGAAGACAUUUUAAUAUGGUGACAUCAGAUGUUAUUUUUCCUGGUUGGAAAUAAAGGCAAGCAGUGAUUGGGUUCACUCAAUAUCCCAGCUGCUCUUAAUUUGAAGGUUAAGAUUCUAUAUCCUGAGAAAUAAAUCUGUAUUAUGGAAAACAAUUGGAGUUAUCACGGGAAAGAGCAGUCUCAGAUUUUUGCUUUUUAUGUAAUAAUCUUUAGCAUGAGCCAUCACUAGCAUUCAAAACAACAAAUCAGAAUCACAGAUAGAAAUCUCCUGUUUGAGCUGUCCGAAUACUUGUUUCUAGGCUGAUUAUUUGAAAUUAUCAUAUGAAGGAUAAAAAUUUGAGAUUAAAGACCAAAGAAAAAGCUACUGAAAAACCUUUGUGCACUUAUGGCUGCUGCUUUCUUUUGUCAUUGUCCCAAAUUCCGGUAGCUGGUAUUGAAAAGAACUUGGAUUUUUAUCAAGAAUUGAUUUGUCCAGAUAAAGGUCCGCGUAACUGAUAAUGUGAAAACAUACUACAUUUAAAAUCUUUUUUCUUUUCUUUUUACAAAGUCAUGUCUAUUUUAGAAACACCCUCACAAUGUCCUUGGGAAAUGGCUUUCAGUUCCCUAGUAUCAGAUUUUGGGGAGUUUUGAUGUUGUUAUUGCUGUCUGUUUAUUUAAUGUAAUUUCAAGUUUGGGUUUCUUGACAAAUUGCAUUUCCCAGCAAUUGCAGCUUGCCAGGGCUGACGGAAGACAGCAGCCAUGAAGCCUUUCCGUUGCAGUCAAAUUGAAAAUAGUUGGUACACACAUGUGGUUUUGUAUUACUCAAGAUAGCACUGGGUUUAGAGUCUGGGAGUUCAUUUCUUAGAGGGUUUAACAUGCUAAACAUAAAAGCCAUGCUUUGUCUUCUUGAAACAGGAGGCAAGCUGUGCAUUCAGACACAUUGCCAGCCUCCCACUGCAGCGCAUUGAUUUUUAAGCUGCCUGAAUCUUCGGGACCUUUUUUGUCUCUUCCUAUUCGUGGAGCCAAUUGAAUCCAUGUGUAUUGUAGCCUCUUUCGUAGCAGUGUAAGGUGACUUCUGGAUUAUUUAUGCUGAUUUAAGUAGCUUAAAUUCUCCUGAUAGAGCAUUCCCAGGGAGACAGAAAGAUGGGUUAUGGGGGGCGGGGGGGGGGAGGCACAGCGGUGAUUAUCUUAGUAGUUUGUGUCAAAAGGGUGAUGAGAUUUGCUGGAGACAAAUUUCUGAAUCCUCUUAGGGAGAUGAUCCAGUUCUAGAAGACUGUAAAAUUUAUAUGGUAAACUAUGUAAGUUUACUAUAAUAUGAUGUACUUUUCUUUUGGUGUGUAAAAAGUUUAAAGAAACAAGAAACUUUGUGUCUGAUGAGUACCAUUACAAGCAUUUAUAAUUUCUAAGGCAAACCCAAACUAUCACUCCAAAGAGAUUUUGUUUGCAGAUACCAUUUCAGAACACACACGUUAAUCUUCCCAAACUGAAUUCUAGCUUCAGAGGUAGAUAGUUGGUAUAAAAAAUUGAAAGGGUGACUCUAAAACCCCCUGACAAUAGGCCAAACUCAAAAAUACAAUUUGUUGCCAACUAUCUAGCAACAGCUCUGCAGAGCUGCUUCUAAGGUAGCAGAGGAUGAGGUCAUAAGCAUACUGUGAAAUUUGAGAUUCUUCCUCCCUGGUUGAAUUGUGAUAGUUACUCUUCAUAAAUGUAAGUAUUCCGCAUCUUUCCCCACUCUCUGUUUAUCCUUUUAGACGUAAGUUUUAUUGGAAAUAGCCUGGAUUAGAAGAAGACCUAUCUGAAUUGGCUUCCUCUAUUGAUUUGCUUUCAGGCCACAGUCAUGCCCUUGACCUCCCAGGGUCAGAGUCAGACACAGGACUUCACCCCCCGGAGAGGCCAGAGCCGCAGGCCCUGUCCCUCCUCAACCUCCUGAGCUGCUGCACAGCAGCCCGGGGAUGACACACAUGAAGUUCUUUGCUCUCCUUUUGUAGAAGGUGCUGCAAUACAAAAUAUUAAUAAAAUCUGACCUAGAGGAAAUCGGUAAAAUGACUCACAUGAUUUGGGACCAAUUCAUUUGGUCGAGCUUGCUAGGAGACAGUUAAUAUCUGUUUGUUUCAUUUCUGCACUUCACUAUGAGUUUUUGGGGUACUGUGUUUUUGUGAAGGACUUCUUAAAUUGUAUUGACAACACAUAAUGAAAAGAAAUUUCCCAGUGUUAUUACUUCCUGGAAUGUAGCCGUAGUCUUCUUCCCUAGUAUUACUAGAUAUCUGUGUACAGGAAGUAUACAGUUAUUCAGGUUAAUGUUUCAUAUUAAAGAAUGUAUUUGUAAAAUGUAGCAGGAUCAGUAGUUAACAUUUUUUAAGCUCUGAAAAGAUAAUGAUUAUGUGUUAGACUUCAAAUUACAGUGAAAUCUGUCUUGAUACUACUUUUGUGGCUAGCAAAGAUUGUGCAUUUAUGUAAAAAUAUUUACAGAAUGCCCUUAAUGAGACAUUAAAGAUAGAUUUCUCUUUUGAGUUUUAGAAUUGUGACACCACUGAUGUCUGUCGUACAGUUAGUUCCCCAGAAGUUCUCUGAGAUGUCAUAUAAUUUUUGUUUCUUUCAGAGAUGAGUAACACCUGCUCAUGAUUCACUAUUGUAGCGAACUCUAAUUUUGUCAUUAAAUACUUUAACU